AUGAUUACAACUUAAUUUAUGAUGUGCAGUAACAAUAUAUAUAAAUACCAGCUGUUAGAUAUACUUAAAAAUGGAAAAAUCAGAACUGUUUACAAAGCAAAAGACUUAAACAAUAAAUGUUUGGCUAUUUUAAAGAUUUCUGUUGAUCAGCCAGUGGAAAAGCUUACACAUUUGUACAAUGAAGUUUUAACUAUUCGUCGGCUAAAACAUAGAAAUAUAAAUACCAUCGUCAGUUGCUUUUUGUACAAGCAAUAUGUUUAUCUGACUUACAAUUUUAUGUGUUUUGGAGAUUGUGAAACGAUGCUUAAAAACGUGUAUAUUUCUGGUUUUCCGGAGGUUGUAAUUGCACUCAUUUUGAAGGAUGUCUUAUCAGCGCUUACCUAUAUUCACUCUGAGCAUUAUGUUCAUGGAGCUAUAAGGGCUAAGUACAUACUUAUAAGCCCCAAAAAAGCUGUUAUAUCAAAUUUUAGUUACUGUCAAAGUUUUAUUAGUCAAGGAGAAAAAAAACCAUUUAUAUAUGGAUCAACGGUGGGAAUAGAAAAAGCGUUGUAUUGGACAGCUCCAGAAGUUUUAUAUCAAAACCUUUCAGGUUACACUGAAAAAAUUGAUAUUUAUUCCAUCGGAAUUACUUGUUGUGAAAUGGCAAACGGUUUUCAACCCUUCAAAGACACAGAAUUAACAUACAUGUAUAUUGAAAAAGUACGUGGAAGUCUGCACUUGCUACUGGAUAAAAACAGCUUAUUGGAAAAUCAAGGAUCUCUAUCAACGGAUCAUACAAUUAAACGAAUUGCUCGUGAUGUAAUUGUAAACAAAUCAUUUUCGGAAGACUUCCAUCAAUUCGUUGAAAUCUGCUUGAAUAAAAAUCCUUUCUCUCGAUGGGCUGCAUCCAAAUUAAUGACACACUCGUUUCUUAAGCAAUGCCGGAAUACCAGUCUUUCAGACCAAUUAAAAGGACAAGAAAUAUCCCAUAUUAAAAAAAAAGAACAUGAAAUAUUUUGUGAUGCUCAGGACACUCACAACCCUAAACCAAAUGAUACAAAAUGGAUAUUUUAAGAAACUUUUAUUUUAUUAUUUUAUAUAUAUAUUACUUUAAUCUAAAACGUUUUUUGGAUCACUGUGGUGCCCUUAGUACUGACUCUUUAGUGGAUAUAGAAAAAAUACUUCAUUAUUCCUCCAUUCACUUUUUUUAGUUAUUGUUUUAGACAAGCUGACGGCCCAAAUACUAAAAUUUUGUGUACUAUAUUUUGACAAUUAAAUUAUAAGCAACCAAA